GUACAUGCUAACCAAGAUGGAUGUAGAUGGUUUUGAUUUACCCGUCGCGUACCGUGCCGUCCUUUGCUGCGAGUGCUGACGUGGUUUUCUUCUUCUUCUAUUAUUCUGCACAUAAACAAACCCUUCCCCUUGUCGGCCCCCCUAACUAAAAAGAACGAAAAAUUGGAAAGAAUUAUGGCUACCGAACCAGCUAAAGUGCAAGAUAUUCCAGCGGUGUGGGAUCUCGUUUCAACUGCCGCUGCUCGCCUUACAGUGAGGGGAGGGGGCCCCCUAACCAUUACCUAGGAUUAUGUACCCACCCCUGCUGCUGCUGCUGCUGCUGCUGCUUGCUUGCUUGCUGCUGCUAUGGGAAGGAAACGCCAUCCGCCAAAUGUUAGGAGAAUUCUUUUCUUUUCUUCCCUUUCCCUUUUUUCUCUCGCUCUAUCCUUCGUUGCAUGAAAAGCGAAUCUACAAAUGAGAUGAGCGUGGGUUAAGAUAGGUCCAGAUCGGGUGAGCCAGCCUGCCUGCCAGCCAGCCCAGGCUGCCAGUCCAGCCCGUCCUCGGCAAUGCAAAGCAUUCACAUUGCCACUUGAUUAGCGUUACAUACACCAGUUACUAGGUACUACACAGCUACCUAGAACCUAGUAUUUACUGCAUCUGAACAGGUACACACAACUUGAACCAGGUCCCAUCUAGGCCUCGCGUAUGUAAGGCAAGGCAGGUGAGUAGGUAGGCAUGUAUGGUAUGGUAUGUAUGUGUAGGUAGGUAGUUAGGUAGUUCACAUAAACACACAAGACAGAUCAGAUGGAGCCGAAGCUCGGAUCUUCCACGAUCACCACUCCCUUCCCCUUCCCU